ACGCCCAGCAGCUGACCGGCUAAAGUCAGUCAGGGCUUUGUGCUCUUUAUUCGUGUGUCUGCUCGCCAGCGUGGAGCAUUCACUUUGUUUUAGUUGACUUCAUUUUAAGUCGUUGUCCUCUCUUAGUAUUUGUGUGAAAAUGCAGUCUUCUCGCGCGCCCCUUUCCGCCUACAACGAGAACAAGAUGAGCGCUGACGUCAGCAAGAUGGCGCUGGACAAGGAGAACACGCCUCCAAGCCUGAACACGACGCGCAAAUUGGCGUCCAAAACCGCCCGCAAAAUCUUCCCCCAGUCUCCGCUGAAAGGCGUCAAGAAUGGUGGCGGCGAGGAGGCGGAGCCUCUGCUGAAGGACAACCCCCGUCGCUUUGUGAUCUUCCCCAUCCAAUACCACGACAUCUGGCGCAUGUACAAGAAGGCCGAGGCGUCUUUCUGGACCGCCGAGGAGGUGGAUCUGUCCAAGGACACGCAGCACUGGGAAGUUCUGAAGGAAGACGAGAAGUUUUUCAUCUCUCACGUGUUGGCCUUUUUUGCUGCCAGCGACGGCAUCGUCAAUGAGAACCUGGUGGAGCGCUUCACGCAGGAAGUUCAGGUGACGGAGGCGCGCUGCUUCUACGGCUUCCAGAUCGCCAUGGAGAACAUCCACUCGGAGAUGUACAGCCUCCUCAUCGACACAUACAUCAAAGACCCCAAAGAAAGAGAAUACCUAUUCAACGCCAUUGAGACCAUGCCGUGCAUCAAGAAGAAAGCCGACUGGGCGCUCAACUGGAUCGGCAACAAGAACGCCACCUACGGCGAGCGCGUGGUGGCCUUUGCCGCCGUGGAGGGCAUCUUCUUCUCCGGGUCCUUCGCCGCCAUCUUCUGGCUGAAGAAACGCGGCCUGAUGCCCGGACUCACCUUCUCCAACGAGCUCAUCAGCAGAGAUGAGGGUCUCCACUGCGACUUUGCGUGUCUAAUGUUCAAGCACCUGGUCAACAAGCCGUCCAUGGACACUGUGACAUCCAUCAUCAAAAACGCAGUAGAGAUCGAGCAGGAGUUCCUGACUCAGGCGCUGCCGGUCAAGCUGAUCGGGAUGAACUCAGAGCUGAUGAAGCGCUACAUCGAGUUUGUGGCCGACCGCCUCAUGAUGGAGCUCGGCUUCGCCAAGCUGUUCUGCGUGGAGAACCCGUUCGACUUCAUGGAGAACAUCUCCCUGGAGGGCAAGACCAACUUCUUCGAGAAGCGUGUCGGCGAGUACCAGCGUAUGGGUGUCAUGUCCGCCACCACGGACAACACAUUUACACUGGACGCAGACUUCUGAACACACCCGUUUUCUCUCGUUGCCAUGGAAACCUCAGGCCGUUUACAUGUUCACCCUAUCAGGACACAAAUUGUACAUUUGAUGUAAUAUACUUAUGACUUGUUUUAAGUUUCUUUUAGUUUGUUGUACAUUUGUGUAUUAAAGCUCCCACUUUUUUAAUCGAAUGUUCG